GGCAGGAAGCGGACGGAGGGUUCGUGGGGAAGACUCAAGAGGCGGCCCGGCCGGCAUGAGAGGUGCUCCCCCCGGGGUGGCGGCGGCCUGAGGUAGCCGGGCUGCGGCAACAGGGAGAAGGGCACAUGAGAUGGCCACAGAUGACAGACAAUCUCCAACACUGGACUCUGUCAGUGAUCUGCCCCGCUCUCCUAGCAGUCCCUCUCAUCUCACUCAUUUCAAACCAUUGACUCCUGAUCAAGAUGAGCCUCCUUUUAAAUCUGCCUACAGCUCCUUUGUAAAUCUCUUUCGUUUUGGCAAAGAUGACGGUAGACUUGCAUCUCCUGCAGAGAGUGGCCAGGGCGAGCAGCAGGCACUGAGUGGGACUUGGUCCAGUCCUCAGCAUACCUCCAGGGCACAGUCUCUGAGGUCCCCGGUUCCGUACAAAAAGCAGCUUACUGGGGAGUUACAACGCAGAGCUUCUGCAACUUUAGACACACGAAGGAAAGUGGAACCUUCUCUCAGUGGCCAUGAUCCUCGGACAGCUGUUCAGCUUAGAAGUCUCAGCACAGUCUUAAAACGUCUCAAAGAAAUCAUGGAAGGGAAAAGCCAGGAUAGUGAUUUAAAGCAGUACUGGAUGCCAGACAGCCAGUGUAAAGAAUGUUAUGACUGUAGUGAGAAAUUCACCACCUUCCGGCGCAGACACCACUGUCGGCUGUGUGGGCAGAUCUUCUGUAGCCGAUGCUGCAACCAGGAAAUCCCUGGAAAAUUUAUGGGUUACACAGGGGAUCUCCGAGCUUGCACUUACUGCCGCAAAAUAGCUUUAAGCUACGCACACUCCACAGACAGUAACUCCAUUGGGGAAGACUUAAAUGCGCUCUCUGAUUCUACCUGUUGUGUAUCUGUACUGGAACCUGGGGAGCCACGCACACCUGUUGGGAGUAGAAAAGCUAGCCGAAAUAUCUUUUUGGAGGAGGAUCUUACUUGGCAAAGUCUGAUUCACCCAGAUUCUUCAACUACCACGCUGUCAACACGCCUUGUGUCUGUACAGGAGGAUCCAGGGAAGUCUCCUGCUCGAAAUAGAUCGGCCAGCAUUACUAACCUGUCACUGGAUCGGUCUGCUUCACCCAUGGUGCCUGCAUACGAGACAUCCGUUAGUCCCCAGCCUAAUCGCACGUAUCUGAAAGCAGAGACCAAUGAGGAUGAGCGCAAAAUUCUUCUGGACUCUGUCCAGUUGAAGGAUUUGUGGAAGAAAAUUUGCCAUCACAAUAGUGGGAUGGAGUUUCAGGACCACCGCUAUUGGCUACGGACACAUCCCAACUGCAUUGUGGGAAAGGAACUAGUCAACUGGCUCAUCAGAAAUGGACAGAUUACCACAAGAGCUCAAGCCAUCGCAAUAGGACAAGCGCUGGUAGAUGGACGCUGGCUGGAUUGUGUCAGUCACCAUGAUCAAAUUUUUAGAGAUGAAUAUGCUCUGUACAGACCACUACAGAGCACAGAGUUCUCAGAAACCCCCUCUCCAGACAGUGAUUCGGUGAACUCCGUGGAGGGGCACUCCGAGCCAUCCUGGUUCAAAGACAUCAAGUUUGAUGACAGUGACACGGAACAGAUUGCUGACGAAGGGGAGGAUAACUUGGCCAACUCCGCCAGCCCUAGCAAGCGCACAUCAGUCAGCAGCUUCCAGUCCACAAUGGACAGUGACUCAGCCGCUUCCAUCAACCUGAACGUGGAGCUGGACAACGUGAACUUCCAUAUCAAGAAGCACUCCAAGUACCCUCAUGUGCCCCCUCACCCUGCCGACCAAAAAGAGUACUUGAAUCCUGACAACGGAGGGCAACAGAUGAUCUCAAUAAGUGACGCUUUCAUCAAGGAGUCACUGUUCAAUCGGAGGGUGGAGGAGAAAUCCAAAGAGCUGUUUUUCACACCUUUAGGCUGGCACCACAGCAAUCUGGAUCUGCUGAGGGAAGAGAAUGGGGAGAAACAAGCUAUGGAGAGGCUUCUCUCAGCUAAUCAUAACCACAUGAUGGCACUGCUUCAGCAGCUACUCAACAAUGAGUCGUUGUCAUUAUCCUGGAGGGAUAUCAUUGUGCCUGUGGUCUGCCAGGUAGUUCAGACUGUCCGACCUGAUGUCAAGAACAGAGACGAUGAUAUGGAUAUCCGCCAGUUUGUCCACAUUAAAAAGAUCCCAGGUGGAAAGAAAUUUGACUCUGUGGUGGUGAAUGGCUUUGUUUGCACCAAGAACGUUGCUCACAAAAAGAUGAACACCUAUAUAAAAAAUCCCAAAAUUCUUCUGCUGAAGUGUUCCAUCGAGUACCUCUACCGAGAAGAAACAAAAUUCACCUGCAUAGACCCCAUUGUUCUUCAGGAAAGGGAGUUCUUGAAGAACUAUGUGCAGCGGAUAGUGGAUGUCAGGCCUACCCUGGUUCUGGUUGAGAAGACUGUGUCCCGAAUUGCCCAGGACAUGCUGCUGGAACAUGGCAUCACUCUGGUCAUCAAUGUCAAACCGCAAGUAUUAGACCGAAUAAGUCGGAUGACUCAGGGAGACUUGGUGAUGUCAAUGGAUCAAUUGUUGACCAAACCACACUUGGGAACCUGUCAUAAAUUUUACAUGCAAGUGUUCCAGUUAUCUAAUGAUCAAACCAAAACCUUAAUGUUUUUUGAAGGGUGCCCCCCACACUUGGGCUGCACCAUCAAGCUGCGUGGAGCUGCGGACUAUGAACUGACCCGAGUGAAGGAGAUCCUUAUCUUUAUGGUCUGUGUGGCUUAUCAUUCCCAGCUGGAAAUUUCUUUCCUUAUGGACGAGUUUGCCAUGCCCCCGUCUCUGACUAAAAACUUCCACAAACUGAUUGAAAGCCAAGGAGAUGAAAAUGGGCACCAAGACCUCUUUAAUGGUGAGGAGUUUAGCACAGUGGUCAGAGAUGUUGAACUCUCUUCUGAAAAAGUGCCCAUGGUCUCUGAGUCUGUCUCUUCCGAUGAAGCCAGCACACUAGAACAGAGAACUUUGUUUGAAGAAGAGGAUCAAGAUGAUGUUGUCCUGCGAGAGGGUUCCUCUUUAAGGCACCAGGAGCUUCUCAGAAUGGAAUAUUCACUGCCAGUGUCAAGCAAUAUUACAACACCAGUACCAGAAUCGCGGCUACCCUUCCAUAAUAUGGACCAACACCCAGGCACUCUAUACAGUCAGCAUCUGGAGACACUGCAGCAGCCAGGUGACCUGCAGGAUUCCAAAAGCCAGAUGAGAGUCUUCAGAGACCCUCUGCAGGAUGACACUGGUUUGUAUGUCAUGGAGGAAGUGACUUCCUCCGAGGAUCGCCUCAAGGCCUACUCCUCAGCGUUUAAACAGGAGCUGAAAGAUAUUAUUCUCUGUAUCUCACCUGUGAUCAUAUUCCAUGAACCUUUUCUUCUAACAGAGAUGGGCAUGAGGUGCCCUGCCCGGGAUUACUUCCCAGAGCAGGUCUAUUUGUCUCCUUUCCUCAACAAAGAGUAUAAGGAGCUGGAGAGCAGAAGGAAGAAACAGCUGUUAAGGGAUCUCUCUGGACUGCAAGGGAUAAAUGGAAGUAUCCAGGCAAAAGCCAUCCAGGUUUUGCCCACCCAUGAGCUAGUUAACACUAGAAUUGCAGAGCAUCUGGGUGAUAGCCAAAGCUUGGCCAGAAUGCUGGCAGAUUACCGGGCCAGAGGAGGAAGGAUACAACAGAAAAAUGCAGAUCCCUUUGCCCAGUGUAAAGAUGCAUCUGGUGUUCCUGGAGGAAAAGCUGGAGGCAGAAAUGAAGAGGAUGAGAGAGGAUUGGUUCGGGGUGAAUCUGUUUGGUCUCAUAAGGUGGACUGUCUGAGUCCAGUAAACCAUCAGAGGCUGUGUGUUCUUUUCAGUAGCUCCUCUGCCCAAUCCAGCAAUGCUCCAAGUGCCUGCGUUAGCCCAUGGAUUGUGACGAUGGAGUUCUAUGGGAAGAACGACCUCACUCUAGGCGUGUUUUUAGAGCGGUAUUGUUUCAGGCCUUCCUACCAAUGUCCCAGCAUGUUUUGUGAAACACCGAUGGUGCACCACGUUCGUCGCUUUGUCCACGGGCAAGGCUGUGUGCAGAUCAUACUGAAGGAGCUCGACUCCCCAGUCCCUGGAUACCAGCACACCAUCCUUACCUACUCCUGGUGUAGAUUGUGCAAACAGGUCACACCAGUUGUCCCACUUUCCAAUGAUUCUUGGUCCAUGUCAUUUGCAAAAUACCUUGAAUUGAGAUUCUACGGGCACCAGUACACGCGAAGAGCCAAUGCAGAGCCUUGCGGUCACUCCAUACACCAUGACUAUCACCAGUAUUUCUCAUAUAAUCAGAUGGUGGCAUCUUUCAGCUAUUCUCCAAUCCGGCUGCUGGAGGUAUGUGUCCCACACCCCAAAAUCUACAUCAAACGUCAAGCUCCAUUAAAGGUUACUAUUCUGCAGGAUCUGAAGGAUUUCUCUCAAAAGGUAUCACAGGUAUACCUUGCUGUCGAUGAUCGUCUCACUUCUUUGAAAACUGAUACUUUCAGCAAAACAAGGGAAGAGAAGAUGGAGGACCUUUUUGCACAAAAAGAGAUGGAAGAGGUAGAAUUCCGGAACUGGAUUGAGAAGAUCCAAGCAAGGAUGCUUUCACCUUCUUUAGACACCUCUCAGCAGUUGCAGUCAGUCUUUGAGUCUCUGAUAGCUAAAAAACAGAGCCUCUGUGAGAUGCUGCAGGCCUGGAAUAACAGAUUACAGGAUCUCUUCCAGCAGGAGAAAGGUAGAAAACGCCCCUCAGUACCACCGAGCCCUGGAAGACUGAGACAAGGUGAAGAAAACAAGAUCAGUGCAAUGGAUGCCUCUCCCCGCAACACUUCUCCAGCCCUGCAGAAUGGAGAAAAAGACGACCGUUUCUUGACAACCCUGUCAAGUCAGAGCUCCACCAGCUCCACCCACCUCCAGCUUCCUACCCCACCUGAAAUUGUGUCAGAGCAGCUGACAGGGGGGCCUUCCUUUGCCAGUUCACUCUCUGAACCAGACACCACCAGUAGCUCAGAAGAUAUAUUUGAUGGACACUCUUUGGGAUCUACAGACAGCCAAGUGAAGGAGAAAUCUACUAUGAAAGCUAUUUUGGCAAAUUUGUUGCCUGGGAACAGCUAUAAUCCCAUUCCAUUCCCCUUUGACCCAGAUAAGCACUACCUAAUGUAUGAACAUGAAAGGGUACCCAUUGCAGUCUGUGAAAAGGAACCAAGCUCCAUCAUAGCUUUUGCGCUCAGUUGCAAGGAAUACAGGAAUGGCUUAGAUGAGUUAUCCAAAGCAUCUCUGAAGAGCAGUUCUGAAGAAGGGCUUCCACCAAACAGUAUGUUGGACAACAAACCAAAGAGCAGCAGCCCAGUCCGAUUGCCUGAGACUAACGUGGGACAGGCAAACCGCACAGCCGAAGCAGAACAGCCAAAAAAGGUUUCCGGAGUUCUAUCCUUCUUCCGUGGCACAGGAGGGAAGAGCCCCGAUCUGUCUGCCCAGAAGAAAGAGACCUUACGUGGUGCAGAUAGUGCCUACUACCAGGUUGGACAGAUGGGCAAGGAGGGUCCAGAGAGCCAAGGAGCAGAGACUCAAGAUGAAGCAGAUGGAGGGGAUGCACAAAAGAAGCAGCUAGCAAAUCCCCAUGUGGAACUUCAGUUUUCAGAUGCUAAUGCCAAAUUCUAUUGCCGGAUUUAUUAUGCCGGGGAGUUCCAUAAGAUGCGUGAUGUGAUACUCGGGAGCCGUGAGGAGGACUUCAUCCGCUCCCUGUCUCACUCUCUGCCCUGGCAGGCCCGUGGAGGCAAGUCAGGAGCUGCGUUCUAUGUGACAGAAGAUGACAGAUUCAUUUUGAAGCAGAUGCCCCGUCUGGAGGUCCAGUCCUUCCUUGACUUUGCCCCACACUACUUCACUUACAUCACUAAUGCUGUUCAGCAGAAGAAACCAACGGCACUGGCCAAAAUACUUGGAGUGUAUCGGAUUGGAUACAAGAACUCUCAGAACAACACUGAGAAAAAGCUGGAUCUGCUUGUCAUGGAAAACCUUUUCUAUGGCAGAAAAAUGGCUCAGGUGUUUGACCUGAAGGGCUCCCUGCGGAACAGAAAUGUGAAAACAGACACUGGGAAGGAAAGCUGCGAUGUUGUCCUGCUCGAUGAAAAUCUGUUGAAGAUGGUACGGGACAACCCUCUGUAUAUCCGCUCCCACUGCAAGGCUGUGCUGAGGGCUUCCAUCCACAGUGAUUCCCACUUUCUUUCCAGCCACCUCAUCAUUGACUAUUCUCUGCUGGUGGGUCGCGAUGAUACCAGCAAUGAGCUGGUGGUUGGGAUCAUUGAUUACAUUCGCACCUUUACCUGGGACAAAAAGCUUGAAAUGGUGGUGAAGUCAACAGGCAUCCUGGGAGGACAAGGUAAAAUGCCAACUGUGGUUUCUCCAGAACUGUACCGGACCAGGUUUUGUGAAGCAAUGGACAAGUAUUUCCUGAUGGUGCCAGAUCAUUGGACAGGGCUGGGUCUGAAUUGCUGAGCUAAAGCGCACGUUGUGGUAGUCGGGGAAGCACAGUGAAAGAAAACAUUUCCUGAUAGAAGAGGACACAAACACCCCGGACUUUACGUUGCCAUUCCAGCUUCCUGCAGUAUGCAAAAGGAUUGCACAGCUGCAUCUGCACAGGCCACGUGCAUCUGAAGUGUAAAAUCUGCCUCUUACCUGCACUUCAGUUUCUGACACGAGAGGAUUACAGCUAAGGCUGGCAGAUGCAAGCUAUUGUAGGGAUCAGAGUUGGAACAUAUUACUCAAGAAGAUUGAGAAUGGGGUGAUUUAUUAGCUCAGCCACAGGAAAGAGGACAGCAUCCAAUACAGAUUUUUGUACACUGUCCCACAUAUCAGAGUACUGAAACGUGGUGCUGGCCAGUUUAUGAUGGAUCACUUUGCAGAGAAAUAGGUGAGCUCUGCAAGUAUUACACAACGUGUACAGUGGCUAAUGUGAGUGUGAAUCCAUAGAGCGGGUGUGUGUGAUUUGUAUCAGCAUCUAGUGUGAUAGUGCAGAGGACGUAGAAAGCUUUGAAAUAAGCACCCUGGUCAUGGAAAAUCUAAGUUAAUUCAUAUCUACAAUGUUCAUGAUUGCUGCAGUGGUCUGAAGUAGACCUUGUAAGAAUCAGAGUGAAUAACUUGUCCUAUUAUGCACUGUACAAGUUCCGUUCUUACAAGUUUCUGUAAACAAUAUUUGUGUGUGUUUUAGCUAGCUACAACCAUUACACUGUCCUUUUAUUUGUACUGAACUUUUAUGCAGCUAAGUCUGUCAUAACUUAGUUUUCAGCAGCCUCACACAGAAAUAGAGCAGUCGAACACUGCAAAAACUAAAAACAAUAGGAAUGUAAACCAGACAUUCCCAAAGCCCCAGAAGCAAACUAAUUAAACUGCAGAUCCCUCCUACCCUUUCAAGAAGGACUUAUGUGCAAGAAGCAGUGUCUUGUCUUGCAUUAUGAAUCAUGCUGCCUUAAUGGCAGCUUCUUUUUUAAUGAUACUAACGUCCUUUGAAGAUAAAUUCCAAUCAUUUCAUUCCCACAAAACUUUGACUACCACAUUCCUUCAAAGUAAAGAGUCUUGCCAGCGCAAUAUUUUUAAGAGUCCACAUCCAGACCUCAGUGACAUUUCAUACAUAUAAACCAGAUUGAAAACCCUUCUAAACCAAUAUUUGCUUCUGCAACAUUGAAAUGAGUGUUCAGUUUUGUUGGUGCUCUGUGUGGAAACGGAAUUAGUAUGUCUUUUUGGUAUGAUGUGCGGGGAUCUGUGGAUUGCCACAACUUGACAAUAAGCACUUCUUUUCAUUUUUAUUCAUUUUACUUGUUUUUUUUGUAGACGUGCCAAGAGUUUACUUAUUUUUAGCUUCAAUACAAUAAAGGCCAGUAAAAAUGAGAGUAUUGUAUGUAUGUUAGAGGCAAGUUCCUUGUCCUUGGAACUAACCUUGUAGGCCAUAGGCAACAGCUAAAAUUAAACGUGGUGUCUGAGACGGCACAAGUAUUCAGGGCCGUUAUCUGCUAUGAUGGGCUGUCACUAAUACUAGCUUCACUGCAGUAACUGAGUCUUAACUAUGCAUUUCCCUCUACCCAACAUUUCUCCUUCUAGAGUAAUGGUAAUUCAUAUACUCAAGCAAGGGGGUUAGAGAGGGUGGAUAGGGCAAUUUAAAAAAAAAUCUCAGCAGUGGUGACCUGAUCCAGGUUGUUUGUAUAAAAAUGCAGCUUGGUGCUGAGCUGCUGUGAAGUUAUGCUGCUGUAGCGUUCAUGUCCUGUCAAGCAAAAAACUCCAUUUGAUUCUUACAUUUAGUUGACUCUACUGUAGAAAGAGGAAGGAGAGGAGUCUAACGGGUUUAAGCUGGAGAAGUCCCGUUCCCUUUGUACAGCGUGAUCAUGUUUCUGGCUCCGCUAGUCAUCAGAACUAGUUUGCAGUUGCAGUGCACUCCAAGGAUGGCUGAUGGUGGCACUACUGCAUGUCUCCCUACAGCAGAAUCCCAUAAAUCCAGCGAGUCGAGCACUGAUGCCUGAGGUGCAGCUGUUGCGUUAUUUAUGCAAUUUCUUACCUCUAAUGUUCUAACUUACAUCAGAAUCAUGCUUAUCCGGAUAUAUCUGGCUUUCCCUGGGGUUGUGCUUUUUGCCCAGUUUGACCAUUAAAUUGGCUUUGUACAAGAUCAAAUGACUUACCCGUUGUCAUGGAAUUACUGCUUUUAACUAAGAAUGCAACUCAACCAUGUUUUCAUCCCUAUUGUGUGUAGGUUUUUCUAGCUCUGGGAGGAAGCAUCACUAUACAUCUUCCCCAAAAGAGAGAGCCCAUAACACUGACUUGUAAAGCUGCCCCAGGUCUAUAUUACAAGUUUGCACAAGUUUUCACCUUUUAUUUUGCUCUUCUCCAGCUUACCCAGAAAAGCUAAUUUAUACACUCUUCUCUAACCCACACUGACAGCUCAAUUGACACACUGUCAAGUGGAUUUUCUCGGUUGUGUGGUAGGAGUAACGGACCAAAUCUGAACAUGGGUAACAUUCAGGUUUCUGCUGUCUGCUGUAGUCAUUACACUCCACAACAUCCUCUUUUUAAUACAAAGAAUAGUUACUCUGUAGAGUGAUGUAUGGUUUUUUCCCUAUGCUGUUACUUUAGCUGAUGGUUAUUAGUAACUCUGCUAGCCAUGGUUCUGAUGUAAGAGUCAGUACUUCCCAUCAUUGGGAUCUACAGACUCAGACCUUCAGCACUGCAUGAAAAGAGACAGAUGUAGAACUGCCUUUUUGAGUGUGUACUUUGGCCAGUUGAUUUGCAGUGGUACUACUUGAAACCUGAAAAUGUCCCUUGAAUUCAGGGCCAGAUCCUCUGCAGGUACAGACUGGCAUAGUUCUUCUGAGGUCAAUGGAGUUAUGCCAAUUGCUAUCAGCUCAGAGUCUCUCCUGUGACAUUGGUGGUAGCACUCAGGCAGUGAAUUACAUGUCCUGAUCUGACUGAGGCUGAUAACAAACAGUGCUGGCCUUUGGAAAGUAAAGGGGCACCAAUAUUCACUGUGAUCUUGAAGGUUUUGCAGAUUUGAAGUACUUGAUCUUAUUCAACUGGGGCGAAGUUCAAGAGGCACCACCUACGGAAAGGCGCUGCAGCACAUAGCUGUAUGUUGUGCAACAGGAAGGGUCAGUGACAGUCAUGGAAUUGGCAGCUCCUUACAGGUGUUCUCCAUUAGGAUAAGAACUAUCCUAGCAUUUCACCUGCUACAAAACCAAGUCCCUCCAAAAGAAAGCAACAAGCAGUAUUUUUGUGCACAAAAGACAGUGUUUCACAUCUGAAAACUCCUGUCAGGGCUAAAAUGCGGCUGGUGAGGUGCUGAUGUGUGACUAUAGCAGAGCUAGAUCAGGAUCCCUGAAGUAUUAAUACAGGGGACUAUAACUUGCAGUAUUAUGGCUCUGGUUAGUGCAAUGUUUUCUCUUAAUUUUUGUAACACGGGUGUAUGUACAUAGAGUAAAUAAUCAACCACAACUGCAAUCAUGAAGCAGCACUUUCUCAGAUGCUGCAGUAACUGUUGUAUAAACCUAGGAGUUCAUGCCAAUGUGUUAAUCUUGUCUAAUUCAAGAAGUGACAAGUCAUUUUUGUGUUACAGUAUCUGUAUAGCACAACUUCUUUUAUUUGCUUGGGGCUGGAUUCUGCCACCCUUAUUCACACGGAGUGGCACCUUGCUAUAGAAGUAGCCCUAUAUGAGACCAAAGGAGCUGCGUGCAUAGUAAGAUGCUCCUCAGCGUGUCUAAAAGCAUAGCAGAAUGAGACCCUUAGUUACCAGAGAUGAGAUGAGCCACAUGCAAAAGCACUCAAUGUACCAUAAUAUGUAUAUAGUUCUAUUGUACCUUGGUUUCAGCUGUGUUUUAUAUGAUUCUGACAUGUUAAACUAUUUAAAAGUAACUGCCUUGACUACUUGGAAAACUGAACUGUACGUAGAUAGCAGUCCAAAUAAAGUAAUUAAAAUAUCCUUA